GCCACGCCCCCGUGCCCGGUCGGCAUGGAGCGCCUUGAGCCGCUUCUCUUCUCCGCUGUCCUCAGCAGCAACUUCCUCAUCUCCUCCGUGGUUUUCUCGGCCAUCAGCCGGGUGCAGAGGGCUCCUUACAUGGACGAGAUUUUCCACGUCCCGCAGGCGCAGCGAUAUUGCAAUGGGAGAUUUUCCGAGUGGGAUCCAAUGAUCACAACUCUACCUGGCCUCUAUCUGGUGUCUACUGGGAUAAUCAAGCCAGUAUCUUGGCUGAUGGGCUGGACAGGGAGUGUGGUGUGUUCUACAGGAAUGCUACGAUUCAUUAAUCUUCUGUUCAAUACUGGGAACCUCUACUUGCUUUAUCUGCUGUUGUGCAAAAUACAUCAGAAGGACAAGGCCACCUCAGCAUUCCAGAGAAUUAUGUCUGCAUUAACACUUGCCUCAUUUCCCCUGCUUUACUUUUUCUCAUUCCUCUAUUACACAGAUGCAGGCUCAACAUUCUUUAUUUUAUUUACUUAUCUGAUGUGCCUGUAUGGGAGUCAUUGUAUUGCUGCCUGCCUUGGAUUCUGUGCUUUUAUGUUCCGUCAGACUAACAUCGUCUGGAUAGUAUUCUGUGCAGGAACUGUUGUGGCACAGAAAUUGGCUGAAGCAUGGAAAAUCGAUUCUGUCAAGAAAAGGGAUGAAAAGACAGCUGUUCUAAAUUCCACCGUGGAAAUCAAGAAGUUUGUGCGCUUCCUCUUAGAGUAUGUCUUGUCGCUGAACAAUCUGAAAGCACUGAUGCUUCUGACCUGGCCAUACAUCAUCUUAGUUGUGGGAUUUCUGCUAUUUGUCUCCCUGAAUGGAGGAAUAGUUGUUGGCGACAGGACCAACCAUGAGAUCUCGCUCAAUUUUCCUCAGUUAUUCUACUUCCUCUCCUUCACCCUAGUAUUCUCAGUUUCACAUUUGCUUUCUCCUCAUAAGGUAUUUUCCUUCGUAAGUUCAGUACAAAAGCAACCAUUAUUUUAUGUUGUUCUUGUUUUUGUCUCCUUGUUGUUGGUUUGGAAGUUCACUUAUGUCCAUAAUUUCUUGCUGGCUGAUAACAGACAUUACACAUUUUAUAUUUGGAAAAAUAUCUUUCAGAGGCACGAACUAAUCAAGUAUAUGUUGGUCCCAGGGUAUAUCUUUGCUCUUUGGACAUUCAUUGAAACAUUGAAGUCCAAAUCAGUUUUCUGGAACUUAGUAUUUUUUAUCUGUUUGGCUGCUGCCACUGUUCCACAAAAAUUAUUAGAAUUUCGUUAUUUCAUUAUGCCAUAUCUUAUCUACAGACUGAACAUCCCAAUGCCUUUGGGCUUUAAGAUUCUUGCAGAGCUGGCUAUCUAUUUCGCAGUGAAUGUGCUAACUGUUUAUUUGUUUCUCUACAAAACCUUUCAGUGGCAAGAUAGCACAGAAGUUCAGAGAUUUAUGUGGUGACCUUUGGGCACACGUUUAUUUGGAGUCAAAAAAUCAUGUACAUGAAUGGUUAACAUGCUUCAGAAAUAGUUAACAUGCAUCAAAAUGUUUGUAAUGUUCUUAACAUUUGGAAGAAGGGCUUUUUUUUAUUUCCUUCCUCUGUAUUUGGGAUAGUUGUUCAUGUUUUUUUUUGCCAAACUCUCUAAUCACCAUGAUAACAUCAUUUAUUGAAAUCUUUUUAUGUGAAGUAUUUGUUUUAGUCACAUGGACUGUAUUAGUCUUGAUUGUGCUAUUUCAAAAGUAAGUUGUUUACCUAACUGAAAUACAUACACCUUUAAUGUUGUUAUAUCUUGAUUACACAACAAUAGUACUUCCAGCCCUUGUAGUUGAAAUUGCUUUAUCCAUUUGAAACUGUGACCCUGCUUAUUGUCAAACAGUUUUAUCUCAUUUUUGGCAAUGCAACCCAUUGAGUUCUGCAUGUUAUCACUUUUAUUAUGUGUGUAUUGAACUGAGGGAUUGAGGGCUGGUAUAAAUAUUAGAUAUUUAUAUUCUGAUAUGCUGAUCUUCUAAUGUUUUCCAUAGUUAGAUCUGUGUUAGAGACAUUAUUGUUCUUGUUUUCACAUGGUGUAUUCUUGUCAUGUUUUCUGUAUGAAUUUUUUUUGACAUUGAACUAGAAAGUUAGUUAUGUUAUCCCAUAGCUUUUAUCUGAAGCUUUUGUUUCAGUUGGUACAAUAUAUCUAAUUUAAUGAUAUUUUUUAAUAGUUAAUUUUUCUUGCAGAUCCUCUGUGGUAUUUGUCACUGAGUUAGACACCAUUGUGAGAUGUAAAUGUUAGUCAUUUCCACAGAGAAGACUUAGAAAGUCUUUUGAGAUGUAUGGGUAACAGUGAAUGUUUUUUUUGGUUCCCAUAAGAAAAAGUGUUUAAUCUACCACUGGAAGGAAAUUGAUAAGGUACAUUUUAACUUGUGAAAAAAGGACAUGUAUUUAAAUAGCAACUGUCGUAUCAUCAGAAUAUCCCAAAGUGUUCUGUAGCCGAUGAAUGGCUUUUGAACUUCAGUCACUGUUGCUUUGUCAGCACAUGCAGCAGGCAACGUGCAUACAAUAUGGUCCCAGAAAUAACAGUAAAGUGAGUAACUGGUCAGCUUGUUUAGUGUUGGUUAAGAAUUGACCAGGACAAAAAGGCUCUCCUGCUCAUCAAGUAUUUUGUGGUAUGUUUUAUAAAAGUUGAGACAGGGCCUCAAUCCAAAAUUUCAUCUGAAAGUGAGCUGCCUACAUCAAUGUAAUGAGGUUUAGCGACUAUACGGUAAAGGAUCCAUUAGAUAAUAAUUGUAACAUGAUAUAAUGUCACAUUCAGUUUGAGGAUGAGAAAUUUGGGUUGAAAAUAGUGCCUAAAAUGUAAAGGAGUACAAAAGGAAGUUAAGGAUGGUGUCAAAUUGAAAGUUAAAACUUACAAAGAUGCAAAGAUUAGUAACCUUGCAAAUUGAGGAGCCAAAACUUAGAAUUGUGCAAAUGAUAACUAAAAAGAGAAUUAGAGCAUGAGAGCAAACUGUCAAGGAACAUAAGAGGACAGUAGGAACUACCUAAAGUAUUAUAAAUGAAAAGAGUACCUGAAGUAAACAUUGACUCCCUUUGGGAAUAAGAGUGUGGAAUUCAUAAUGGGAAGAAAGAAAUGGUAGACCUUUUAAACAAGUAUUUUGUGUCUGUUUUCACAGUAGAAGACACAGAACAUCCCAAGGAUAGUAGAAAAUCAAGAGGCAAAAUGUAGAUAAGAGUUUAAGCAAUCAAAAUCAUUUGAGAAAAAAGUACCAGGAAAGUUGAUGAGUCUAACGACUGAUAAGUCCCCGGGACCUGGUGGCCUGCACCUUGACUGCUAAAGGAAGUGGCUGCACAAAUGGUGGAUGCAUUAGAUACAAUCUUCUGAAAUUCCCUAAAUUUUGGUACAGUUCCUGCAGAAUGGCAAACUGUACUUCUGUUCAAGAAAAAAGGGAGACAGAAAUCGGAAAGUUAUACACCAGUUCGUCAUAACAUCUGCCAUUGGGUAAAUGAUGGAAUCUAUUGUGAAGGAAGUAGUAGUAGGACAUCUAGAAAAUAUUGUUAGAGUCAGUGACAAUCAGCAUUACUUGAAUUGAGAGAGGCGGAGAAAAUGUACGUCCUAACAUGCCAUCACAUUGGUUUUUUGCCUUUAUCACUGAACAGAGCAGUUGUCGAAAUAGCUGUACCAUUUCUGCUCUUUGGAGGGAAACCUUUCACAAAUCCAAACGAUGUAGUAAGCUACAAGCAGAGAAACCCAUUUGCAAUAUCUGCUGUUUACAGUAAUAGCAAUAACUUAGUGUCAAGAUUAAGUCAAAUACUAGGCUUCCCAGGUACAAGACUCCAGUGGAAUAUUCUGUAUGCAUUCUAAGUUAGCAAAAAUACUGCCUUACUUACAAACUAAAUCAAUUACUCAUGCAAUUUUUAAAAAAUUAGAAACCUCAUUUUGGUACUGUCUGUGCUAGUAGAUGUUCAAGAUGCUCAGCCAACAGAUUUUCAAAAUAAACUUGGACCAUGCUAAUUGGCAUCCUUUUCCCAUUGGUGGCUGUAGUUAGUUUUAAUUGGUUAUUUUUUGAGCCCAUCAUAGUUUUCUUUCUUGCAUUACUUUUGUCCAUUCCCAGUUGGUAUGUGCCUUAUGAUUUGAAAUUGUCACUAUUUUUAAAUAUUAACCAGUUGUGUACAAACAUGACGCAAAAUUUUCAUGAAAUACAAUCACCAAAGUAAGAUUAAUAAAGUUGAGAUUUUUAUAAUGAUUAAUAUUUAUAUUGGACUGUGGUCAUUCACAAUCAUGGGGAUGCUUCCACAAAACUAAUACUCUUAGUUUGUAGAAGGCACCAGUCUCUUUAAAGUGACCCUUUUUCAGGCAGAGAAAUUUUAAUUAUUGGCCCAGAUUGUGUAGUUAGCAGUGCAGUGAUCGCACUCAUCACUGAGCUUGAGAAAAGCUGGCUCCAAAGAUUUAAGGAAACCCGUGAUUUCAUCUUUUUCUGAAAUUAAUUUGUAUCUGGCAUCAGUGGAAAGGGAUUUCCAAGUAUCCAGCAACAGUGAUACUGUCAUGCGGUGUAAACAGGUAAUCAUAUUGAAGUAUCUGUACCAAAAACAAACUAGGAAAUAACAUGUGACUAUUCAUUCUUCAAUAACUUUUGCACAGCAUAACAAAAGUUGAAGUACAUGCACAGCUGCUGAAAUAAUUAGCUUUAAAAAAACUGGAAUUUUUUUUAACAUAACAGAGAAACGUUGUUUCACAUUUAUUUAAGGCUUAUUUCUGAAUGUGGUAAGGUUGAAUCUUAUCACUGGAAGAUGACAAAUGGCUCCCAGAAAAAGCAAAAUGAAUUUCAGACUUGGAGAUUUUUUCUUUCCCACUGAUAACAGUAACUAUUUGGAACAAACAGAAAAAUCAUUGUAUCUCAAUUUCACAAAAACAAAUUAUCAGAUCAUUAUCACAUUGCAGUAGGAGUUAAAGACCAAAUGAGCUACAUUUCAAUAAUUGCUGUAAAUUGUAUUGUUAUGUCCAGUGGUUGUGAAAUACACUACAUGUUAAGUCUGUUUAAUAUUCAAAAUGUAAGUAUUUCUGUUGUAUUUAGGGCAACUGUGCAAUGGACUGCUGUACAAAGUUUGCAUCAUAGAAGUGUUAGAGGCUAUUAAUCAUCGUAUUGUGUAAAUGCUUCCGUUCUUUUCAAUACAAGCAGCUGCCAUUUCAAAACAAUCCUGAAAUCAAUUUGUGUCACCAUCACUAAACUAUUAUCAGUUCAAUUUCUGCCUUCACCAAAGAAUCAGGGAGACUCUGUGAUUACUCAUUCUGCUUAAAAUAGAAAAGAAAUGCUAAUUAUUCUAAUCUAAUUCAUUAUACAAUUGUUUGUUUUGAUUUGAUUUACAUAUUGUCAUGUGUAUUUAUUUACAAAAUAUAGUGAAAAGUGUUGUAUCUCUGGCACUACUUUAAAACACAGAAAAAUAAACCAAAACAUACAAUAUAAAGGCCGAAAAAAAGAAUAAGUGUUUAACUUUACAAUCUUUUUUGUUAAGUGCUCUACCAUGGGCCUGGUGGCCAGGCACAAGUCCCCUUUGUUGCACCACCAUCUUUGGAAUGAAAAUUGCCACUCUUCACACCAUUUCGCCUCCUUACAAAAUUUUUAAAUUCUUUUUCCUGUUGUUACCUCUGUCAAAAGCCAGUUUUUUUUUCUCAUGAGUCAUAUCUUGUUCUGAACUAGGUUAUUCUUUGAAAACAACACAUUGAUUGCCAUAGCUUAAAUGAUCAAAUUAAGCUAAUGUACGUGAAUCUGCAACCCAUUUAUCUACACCAAAGCCCAAUUCAGUUCAGUGCAAUGAUAUUUAAAAUUCUGAUAGAUGGAGUGGGCAAGAUGUGAAAAGCUGUAACUUCCUUUUUAAAUCACAUGACUGCAUAGAUAUAGUUUGCUGAGUACUUGAUGCCAACUGUGUGUCAGGAACCAGGGCAGGUAAAUUAUUUGUAACAAAUGUAUAUUCUAUCUUGUCUACAAUGUGAACAGUUGUGAAUAUACUAUGAUGUGCUGUUUUUAAAAAUGAGGUUGUACGUUGCCUGCUGGCUUCAGGCAAGCUCUUUAGCCUACAGAUUAGCUUGGAUGUGCGCCAUUUAAUUUGAAAGGGAUACUUGUAUUUGUAGCCUGUUGUUGUACUAGAUUAUUUUAUUUACAAAUGUGGAUCAGUUUUUCUAGGAGUUCAGGAGUCAAACCCAGGUGGUCAGUAGAAUACUGUAUAUCCUUUAUCCGGUUAAGGGCCACGAUUGGCUAUUUUUUUAAUUGGUCAUUGAAAGAAAAUCUUUGAUCAUAAAUUGGAUCUUUGGAAUUGUAGAAAAGUGUGUAAAAGAUGUAGGCUUUUCCCUCAUUUAAUUUCCUGCUUCAACCUAUUCCACUUGGACAGAGAGCCACCAAUGGGCCAUCAGCUGUGCAGUAUUUCAUCAGAGACUUUGUUGGAAGAUGUCAAAGAAUAGCUUGUGAAUUUAUGCAGUUUAAGUAUCUUGUAACUCAAGAAUUUGUAUGAUA